AUGGCCAGCCAACAAGAGCGCCCUCCACCGCGUCAUUCCCGGCGAAUUGUAUGGCAGUUCGUGCUGCACGUGCUAUUAAUCUCCGGCCUCCUCGGCUUCUCCUCCGCGUUUCGUCUUCCUUUGCGACUACCGCGCGCCAAACCUCCCGCCUCGUCCCCUCUCUACAUCGUCCGCCUCCGAUCCGCCCCCGUAGCCGCGCAAACUCUCGGCAUCGACGGCAUUUCCUUCUACGGCUCUUCUCCCGACGUCGCCCAAACCGCGGAAGCCGCCACUUCCGUCGGCGCAGCCAUGGCGGCACACUACCGUUACGUUACCAACGGGUUCGCCGCGACGCUCACUGCGGGCCAGAUCCGCCGGCUGCGCAACCAUCCGUCAGUUCUGUCGGUCCGUCCGAGCCAGCGCGUGUACAAGGCGUCCACCGACACGCCCACGUUCCUGCGCCUGCCCGGCUCGCUGUGGGCGGAGGCGGGCGGGCAGAGAAGCGCGGGGGAGGGAGUGGUGGUGGGGGUCGUGGAUACCGGCAUCUGGCCCGACCAUCCCUCGUUCGCUGACGAUGGCUCGUACGCUGCUCCGCCUGCCACGUGGCGCGGCACCUGCCAGACCUCCAAGGACUUCCCCCGCUGCAACCGCAAGCUCAUCGGCGCGCGCUACUUCGUCUCCGGCUUCCGCCAAGCCUACGGGCGCGAGAGCCUCUCCGCUGACUGGCUCUCCGCGCGCGACGCCGACGGCCACGGCACGUGGUGCGCCAGCGCCGCCGCCGGGAACGCCAACGUGAGCGUCGCGCUCGCGCGCGGGCAGACCGCGGGGCUCGCGAACGGAAUGGCUCCACGCGCGCGCGUCGCGAUGUACAAAGUGUUCUGGUCCAAUUACAAUUCCGGCGGUGUGACUGCCACGUGGGCGGACAUCGAGGCCGCCGUGAAUCGCGCCGUGGCGGAUGGCGUGGAUGUGCUCAGCCUGUCGCUGGGCGGCCUAGAUCCCUCCGCGGAUUACUUCGACGACUUGCCCUAUUUCUAUGCCAACGCGGCGGGGACAGUGGUGGUGUAUGCAGCGGGCAACGAGGGGCCACCGCCGUACAGCUCAUCCAUGUAUCGCACCAUCUCCAACUUCUCGCCCUUCUACCUCACCGUUGGCGCCUCCACCAUCUCCCGCCGCUACCUCACCAACCUCACUCUCGCCGAUGGGACAGUCCUUACCCUGGAAGGGCUGGGAGGCGGGAGCGUGAACACCCAGAACGUGGGGAUCGUGGAUUCUGUCCUCGCUAAGAGCUCCUCCGUUACAAACUUCAAGGCGGUGUACUGCUACGGCUCGUCGCUCAACUCUGCUAAAGUCUCGGGGCGGAUCCUGGUUUGUCAGUAUGGCGGCGGGGCGACUCUUGAAACGAAAAUCAGAGAAGCAAUAGCACGGGGUGCUAGAGCACUGCUGGUCAUGAACGUGCCUGAAAGUGCAAGAUACUACCUGCCCUAUGAUUCCCGCCUGCCCAUGAUGUAUGUCGACGCUGCUGCAGCCGCCACUAUCCGAACAUUCAUCAGGUCCCAGACCACCCCGACAGCCAGCCUUGCCACCUCUUAUGUAACAGAUCCCGCCGCUGCUGUAGCUCCGGUUACUGCAUCGUUCUCCUCUACAGGGCCAGUUGCCAAUCCCGACGUUGCCGUCGGCGCGACCUACCCGACCAAUGACGUCCUAAAGCCGGAUGUGAUUGCUCCCGGCGUGUCACUCUGGGGGGCGUGGCGCGGCUCGUCGCUCGCCACAAAAACAACUGCUCGCUUCAACAUGAUUUCUGGAACAUCCAUGGCUACGCCGCACAUUGCCGGGAUUGCUGCGUUGCUCAUCCAACGGAAUCCCUCGUGGACUGCGCCGCAGGUCAUGUCUGCAAUGAUGACCACCGCCAGCACGACCAACAACCUCGGGAUUCCCAUCAGCACUUCUUCUGGAGCCCCUGCCUCUCCCUUUGACAUGGGUCAGGGGCAUGUGGACCCCGAGAGGCUUCUCGACCCAGGGCUGACCUACCCUGCCGCCCCUGCCCAUUACUUGAAUUUUCUCGCGGGGCAGAAUAUGACGAGGGCGCGGCUACUUGUAUCGAGAAAUACGUCCCUGAAUGCUAUCCCUGCUUACAACCUCAACCGGCCACAGAUCUCGGUUUCGCGGCUGCGAGGCGUUGUGAAUGUGACGCGGUGGGUGGUGAACACGGCCACCGUUGUCUCAAAUUACACUGGAGAGGUGGUGCCUCCUUUUGGCGCGAGUGUGACUCUUUACCCACCCUCGUUUACGAUAGAGCCUGGAAAGACUAAGGUGUUCACAGUUGAGUUAAAGGCCACGGGUGUGUCCUCCGGCUUCUCGUUUGGUAGUUUGACGUGGAAGGAUGAGCUCGGGCAUUCCGUGCGAUCUGUGAUUGCUGUGCAACCCAUAUCCAUGUAG